GGGGUAGCUGUUUGUCUCCUCAAAGCCGAGCACCACAAUCACUCAGAUGAACGUGGACUGUUGCCUUCACUUGUCGUGGGAAAUGAAGGUUUUUUCCACGCAUUUGUGCCACACGCAGGAUCACGUUAUUUAGUGGCCUGGAUAUUUUCUGAGGGGACUUUUUAAAUUUGCUUUUUUUUAUUUUUUUUAAUACCGACUCCGAAAUCUUUUUAUUUGAAGAUUGGAUAUUUUUUUCCAACAUCUAAUAGGGGGUUCACAACUUCAGACCAAGAUGAGGCGGUUGACGCUGCGUUCACAAAUGGUGUUUUUUAUCAUCUGCACAUGCGUUAUAUGCCAUUGCGGACUAAUUACCGGUGAAAUUUGCCCGAGUAAAGACAUCCGGAACAAUGUGACCAACCUUAAGUCCCUGGAGAACUGCACCAUCAUCGAGGGCCACCUAAAAAUUCUUCUCAUGUUUAAGACCAAGACCGAGGACUUUCGUGGCCUCAGCUACCCAAAGCUGAGAGUGGUUACGGACUAUGUGCUCCUGUUCAGGGUCUAUGGCCUGGAGACCCUCAGCGACCUCUUCCCCAACUUGACGGUGAUCCGUGGCAACAAUCUCUUCUUCAACUAUGCUCUUGUGAUCUAUGAGAUGCUACAACUGAAGGAGAUGGGCCUGCACAGCCUCAUGAAUAUAACCCGAGGCGCUGUGAGGAUAGAGAAGAAUCCAGACCUGUGUUACCUGGCCACUCUGGACUGGUCCAAGAUCCUGGAUUCGGUGGAGGACAACUACAUCGUGGCCAAUAAGAAUGAGAGGGAGUGUGGAGACGUAUGUCCCGGCACUGCACAGGGUCAGACCAUCUGUAUUCAGACUGCCAUCAACGGUCACUUCAGAGGAAGAUGCUGGUCACAAAGCAACUGUCAGAAAAUAUGCAGUGAUAAAUGCAAGCAUGGCGCCUGCAGCCCUGAGGGCCACUGCUGCCAUGACCAGUGCCUGGGUGGCUGUUCGGAGACGGGGAACGCCAGCAGCUGCGUGGCCUGCAGGAACCUCCUGCAUGGGAACACCUGUGUGGAGAAAUGCCCUUCUGGAUUCUAUGUCUUCAACGGCUGGCGCUGUGUCAACUUUUCCUUCUGUCAGAACCUUCACGAUCAGUGUACAAACAUUAAGAAACAGCAGGACCAAGAGACCAGCUGCUUUGAAUACGUCAUCCACAAUGAGGCCUGCAUUCCAGAGUGUCCUUCUGGAUUCAGCAGCUUAAAUUCCACAAGGUUGUUGUGUGAACCUUGUGAAGGUCCCUGUCCUAAAGAGUGUAAAGGAAAUAAGACGAUUGACUCGGUGACCUCUGCCCAGGCUUUAAGAGGCUGCACUAUUAUAGAAGGCAACAUGAUCAUUAAGAUUCGAGGAGGAAAUAACAUUGCUGCUGAGUUGGAGGCUAGUUUGGGACAGAUUGAGAUAAUCAAAGGUUAUCUGAGCAUUCGCAGAGCCUACGCCUUGGUCUCCCUCUCGUUUUUACGAAAGCUACGCCUCAUCAAAGGGGAACAUCUUGAAGGAGACACCUUUGCAUUUUAUGCACUGGAUAACCAGAACCUUCAUCAGCUGUGGGACUGGUCCAAGCACAACCUGACCAUAGAGCGUGGCCGUAUGUUCUUCCACUUCAACUCUAAACUUUGCAUGUCAGAAAUCACCAAGAUGGAGGAGGUCACUGGAACCAAAGAGCGUAAUCAGAAGAAUGACAUUGCUCUGCGCACCAAUGGAGACCAAGCUUCCUGUGAAUCAAAGAGUCUGAAGUUCACCUUCAUCAAGGCCUCACAUAACAUGAUCAUCCUGAGGUGGAGCUCGUUCUGGCCGGCAGACUUUAGAGACCUGCUUGGAUUCAUGGUGUUGUACAAAGAGGCUCCAUACAAGAAUGUGACAGAGUUUGACGGACAGGACGCCUGUGGCUCAAACAGCUGGGUGAUCGCCGAUGUUGAUCCACCACCUCGCCCAACGGAUGGCAAGAAGGUGGACGAUCCAGCAUACCUGAUCCGACCAUUGAAACCCUGGACCCAGUAUGCCAUCAUGGUCAAAACCCAGCUGUCUGCACCUGAUGAGCGUCAAGUUUAUGGAGCCAAAAGUGAAAUUAUUUAUGUUCGCACUAACGCUUUCAGGCCCUCUGUACCUCUGGACCCCAUCUCAUCAUCCAACUCCUCCUCUCAGAUCAUCCUGAAGUGGAAGCCUCCAAACAGCCCGAAUGGCAACAUCACCCACUACCGGGUCAUCUGUCGUAAGCAACCAGAGGACAGUGACCUCUACAAGUUUGACUACUGCCUACAAGGAAUGAAGCCGCCGUCUCGGAUCCCGACCUACCUGGACAUUGAGGAGGAGCAGAAAUGGAACCACACAGAUGAUUCCACCUCAGAAGGAAAAUGUUGCACCUGUCCUUUGACAAAAAGUCAGAUAGAGAAGGAGCAGCAGGAGAUUGAGUAUCGCAAGACCUUUGAGAAUUACCUCCAUAACGAAGUGUUUGAGAGCAGACCCACUCGUGAACGGCGCUCAGUGGACUACCCCGGUCCCACCAAGUCUUCUGUUUUGUUUACUACAAUAUCCAGCCUGCACCACGGCUCCACUUCUGCCCCAUCUACAGAUGAAGACAAGGUGGAGCUGAAUGUGACCUCUGAGUCGGCGGUUAUAUCCGACCUGCAGCAUUUUACCAGUUACACAAUCGAGAUCAUGGCCUGCAACCAUCCUGAAGACCCCAAACGCUGCAGCCUGGCGACAUAUGUCAGUGCCCGAACGAUGCCUAACGUAAAAGCAGACAAAAUCCCCGGCCCUGUGACCCACGAGGUUCUGACCGGUGAAACUCCCUCCAUAUUAAUUAAGUGGAACGCACCGUCCUCUCCUAAUGGCCUGAUCAUCCUUUAUGAGGUCUUCUACAAGAAGGUCGGAGACGCAGAGGACCACACUGCUUGUGUGUCUCGGCCAGCCUAUCUCAAGACAAAUGGGAUGAAGCUUCACCUCGUUCACCCUGGAAACUACAGCGUGAGGGUCCGGGCUACCUCCUUGGCAGGAAAUGGCUCUUUUACAGAAACAACGCAUUUCUUCAUGCCCAGCUCUGAUCCAGGUUUAGUUUGGAUUGUGAUGGGUCCGGUCAUCUGCCUCAUCCUGCUGCUGUUUGUAGCAGGUGGUGUGUUUUACAUCAUCAGGAAGAGGCAAACAGAAGGCCCGCUUGGAGACCUCAUCACCUCACCAAACCCUGAAUACUUCAGCGCCAGCGACAUGUAUGUUCCUGAUGAGUGGGAGGUGCUGCGGGAGAAGAUCACGCUGCUCAAAGAGCUAGGUCAGGGCUCCUUCGGCAUGGUGUACGAAGGAAUCGCUCAAGACAUCAUCAAAGGAGAAUCUGAGACUCGCGUCGCCGUCAAGACGGUCAACGAAUCGGCCAGCCUGCGAGAGAGAAUCGAAUUUCUCAACGAAGCUUCGGUCAUGAAGGCCUUCAGCUGUCACCACGUGGUGCGUCUGUUGGGGGUCGUAUCCAAAGGUCAGCCCACUCUGGUUGUGAUGGAGCUGAUGAUUCACGGUGACCUGAAGAGCUACCUGCGGAGUCUGAGGCCAGACUCUGAGAACAACCCGUCGGGCUCUCCUCCUCCUACUCUAAAGGACAUGCUGCAGAUGGCAGCAGAAAUCGCAGACGGCAUGGCCUACCUCAAUGCCAAGAAGUUUGUCCACAGAGACCUGGCAGCCAGAAACUGCAUGGUGGCUGAGGACUUCACCGUCAAGAUUGGAGACUUCGGUAUGACCCGGGACAUUUACGAGACAGACUACUACCGUAAAGGAGGGAAAGGUCUGCUUCCUGUCAGGUGGAUGGCUCCAGAGUCUCUGAAGGACGGAGUCUUCACAGCCCACUCCGACUGCUGGUCUUUUGGAGUUGUACUGUGGGAGAUCAGCACUCUAGCAGAGCAGCCUUACCAGGGUUUAUCCAAUGAGCAGGUCCUGAAGUUCGUCAUGGAUGGAGGAUACCUGGACCGACCAGAGAACUGCCCUGAGAGGAUCCACAGCCUGAUGCAGAUGUCCUGGCAGUACAACCCCAAGAUGCGCCCGACGUUCCUCGAAAUCAUCGAGAUGCUGCGGGACGACCUGCACCCGUCCUUCCAGGAGGUCUCCUUCUUCUACAGUGAGGAGAACAAAGUCCCCGAGACGGAGGACUUCGACCUGGACCUGGACAAUAUGGAAAGCAUCCCGCUGGACCCUUCUUCUUAUUCCCAGAGAGAGGAGAGCUUAGGCAGGGACAGCGCCCCCUCGGUGGCCCUGAGGGGGAACUACGAGGAGCACGUUCCCUACACGCACAUGAACGGUGGCAAGAAGAACGGAAGAAUCUUAUCGUUGCCCAGAUCUAGCCCCUCCUAACAUUUACUUUGAAGUGACUUGUUUCACCUUUGCCACCCUCCACUCUUUCUCUCUUCCAGUCUGUUGGGUUUUUUUUUUCUGUGUCUUUCAUGGUUUGAAUGAUUUUCUUGUUCUCAGAGAAGAAAAGACACAAAUCUCAGGACUUUUAAUUUUCUUCCUCGUGG